AUGACAUCAUAUUGGAUAGCCCAAAUCCGUCAAGUCUUCAUAUUCUCACUGCUUGCCUUUGCUUCAAAUUUUGAAUACGGAUUCUCAACCACCUAUCUGAACACACCAGUUGAAGAGUUCAAGGUGUACCUGAACGAGUCCUAUCAGAGGAUGGGUAGGACGAUGAGCGAAAGUACCUAUAAAUUACUAUGGAAUUCACUUCUCAACAUAUGGUUUGUUGGCUUUUUCAUUGGUAUCUGGUUCAGCCCACUUUUGAAUGACAGGUUUGGUAGAAAAGUUGGAUUUCUCGUCGGUUGUGGAUUUGCGCUGGUUGGAGCUAUACUUCGACUUUUGGCCAUUUGUCUUUAUCGCCCGGAACUUCUGAUCAUUGGACGAUUUUUGACGUCGAUGUGCGAGGCCGUGACAUACCAGUCCUGCAUACUAUUCUUGCAGGAAUGUUCUCCAACGGAAAAACGCGGUAUGAUGACAUUCCUGAGCGAAAUUAGCUAUUCUUCGAUGUGUCUUGUCGGGAUGAUGCUUGGUACCAAACAAUUGCUCGGUCGCGAUUUAGUGGCUUUGACAGCAUUUCCAGUGCCAUUUUGUGCCCUCUUCUUCGUUGCUCUAUUCUUUCUGCCUGAGACUCCAAAAUUUCUUUUGAUAUCUCGUGCAGAUAAAAUAGCUGCAGAGCGCUCAGUUCAAUUCUAUCAUGGACAGCACUGCAAUGUGGACAAGGUGCUCAAAGAAAUUAUUCUGGAAUCGCAGGAAGAAGAAGAACGAUCAACAUCAUGGAGAGCUUUCAAAGAGAUUUUUAAAGAGCCGUACCUUCAAAAAGCUGUCAUUCUCAGCAUCUCUGCACUACAAAACACGGUUGCGCUUUGGUCGAUGCUUCUGUCAUCAACGUUUUUUCUCGAACAAAUCGGUCUUGAUCAAGCAGCGGCAUCGUGGAGUAGUACAGCUAUGACUUUAGGCUACGUUCUUGGUACUAUUGUUGGAUCCACAUGUAUUGAGAGAUUCGGACGACGUACUAUUCUACUCUCGUUCACAAUUGCCGACAACAUUAUCCUUAUUCUUUAUGUGGUUUGUGCGCUAAUCAGUCCUCACUUCGAUUACUUCAAGUAUGGAUGUUUAGUGCUGCUAAUCGCCUACGCUUUCGUCUACGGCAGCGGCGUCGGGCCGAUUUCUUGGUUCAUUUCGUCCGAACUCGUUCCACAGAAAUACCGAAGCAUUGUACAGUCUACCUGUUACUCACUGAAUACCAUAAUAGUCGUUAUUCUCACCUUUUCCAUUCUUCCUCUCUAUGCGGUAGUGGACAAUGCCUUCGAACUUUUUCUUCUUGGAGCCAAACUUUUUACUAUAAAUCAGCUAUCAAAGUACAAUAGGCACAGAUGA